AUGGAUGCUCAAAUCCCCUCGUCUGAGAAGGAACCCUUGCCAAAGCAGCCUGAGACAGCCAAUGCCAUCGAUAAAAAGCCUGAAGAAGACCAGAAGACCAACCAGCAAGACAUUGCGGGCUCUGAACUAUCUGCCCCUCCCAAGAGCAGCCGAGUCGUUGGUCGCACUCCUCGCCAUGAGUGUCGUACCCCUCCCAACAAAGUGCGCUUUUCCUCUCGCACCCCACCUGGGGCACCUCGUGCUCAGAGAAUUACAUUGCGAGACGACUCAUGGUAUGGCCGCAACUGGUCAUCCCAGAAUUUGAGCUCGGGCCGACGUCCCAUGGCUGGGAUCAAGCUCACAAUGGUCCAAGACCAAGAGGCCCAGCAAAAGCUACUCGAAUUCGACCCCUUCGAGGAGCUUCGAGCAAAGUCCUUGAAGCGGAUGCGGGAGGAGAGCGAGAGCCCGACUCCUCAAGGCACCAAGAAUGAUCAGGUGCUGUAG